CCAGGCUUGGCUUGGGUCUUCCCUCCCCCUCCCCCCAGGCUCUUGAAGAUCAGCAGCAGCUCAGCUCCAGCCCCACCCUUGGGGAGCCAGGUACUGACUCACCGGGACUUGACUCCCGGUGGCACCUGGCCCAGGUGGGAAGUCUCCGGAAGACGUCAUUCUCUACCGCCUGGGAUUGUGGGGACCAUUUCUGUCCUGCGUCCACACCCUGAAAGUCUCUGGCCCCGGGCUCAGCCCCACCCCCGGGUGCCGGGUAUCGGGGAGCAGGAAGGAGGGAGGGAGAAGCAAGGGACAAAAAGACUUCUGACUCCCGAUGGCUGCCCGGGGCAGCUGGCUAGUGGAGAUUUCUCGGGAGCCUGUCCUCCUGUGGCCUGGAUAAUUGCCAAACCCAGAAGGAGGCAGACCCGGCCCAAGACGGGGACUCAGGACGGAGGCAUGUGGGGCAGACCGGUCCCGAGGAGCAGGAUGGUGUCCUGGGUGUGGGUGCUGACCUUGACGAGUUCCCUGUGGCACGUGGGCGACAACUCAAGGUCCCGAAAACUAGAAACCUUCCGCAGUAAAACGGAGUUGAACCACCUGGUGGUUGAUGACGUGUCGGGGACUGUGUACGUGGGGUCCGUAAAUGCCCUCUACCAGCUCACCCCUGACCUCCAGCUGGUCCACGCGGUGGAAACGGGGCCCGCGCUGGACAACAAAAAAUGCACGCCCCCCAUCGAGCCGAGCCAGUGCCAGGAGGCCGUGGACACGGACAACGUCAACAAGCUGCUCCUGCUGGACCGGCCGGGCGGGCGGCUGGUGGAGUGCGGCAGCCUCUUCAAGGGCAUCUGCGCCCUGAGGGAGCUGGGCAACAUCUCCCAUCGCAUCUUCUACGAGGAAGGGGAAAAGUCCUUUGUGGCCAGCAACGACGAGCGGGUGUCCACGGUGGGGCUUGUGACCAGCGUGGGCAAGGGCGACGACGACAGCGGGCCCGCCGAGCGCGUGCUCUUCGUGGGCAAAGGCAACGGGCCCCACGACAACGGGAUCAUCAUCAGCACGCGGCUGCUGGACCGCAAGGAUGGCAAGGAGGCCUUCGAGGCUUACACGGACCACACGGCCUUCAAGGCAGGCUACCUGUCGGCCAACACGCAGCAGUUUGUGGCCGUGUUCGAGGACGGGGACUACGUCUUCUUCAUCUUCAACCAGCAGGACAAGCAGCCGGCCAAGAACCGCACCCUCGUGGCGCGGAUGUGCAAGAACGACCCCUUCUACUACUCCUACUUCGAGAUGGACCUGGAGUGCCACAGCGGCUCGGGGGAAGUGUACGGCGUCUGCCAUGCCGCCUUUGUGGCCACUCUGGAGGCCUCACCCGGCGCCGGCCGCGUGCUCUUCGCGGUCUUCAGCAAGGACAGCAAGGGCGGCAGCGGCAGCCCCCGCUCCGCCCUGUGCCUCUUCCCCCUGGGGGACAUCCACCAGAAGAUGGAGGAGAACAGGAACAAAUGCUACACGGGGGCCCAGGGCAGCAGCUCCCAGACCUUCUACAAGCCCUUCCAUGGGGAAGUCCAGUGUGUGAGCCACGGGCCGGCCAGCCUGAGUUUCCGCUGUGGCUCUGAGCACCUGCCGUACCCCCUCGGGAGCCGGGACGGGCUGGUGAGCACCGCUACCCUGCAGAGGGACGGCAUGAAUCUGACGGCGGUGACGGUGACGACCGAAAAUGGGCACACGGUGGUCUUACUGGGGACAUCGGACGGCCGCAUACUCAAGGUGUUCCUGACUGCUGACGGGACGUCCACGGAGUACGGUUCGAUCCCUGUGGAGCUUAACAAGCGCAUCGAGAGAGACCUGCUGCUGUCCGCCAAUGGGACCAGUCUCUACGUUAUGACCCAGGACAAGGUUUUCCGGCUUCCUGUUCAGGAGUGCCUCCUUUACCAGACCUGUGAUCAGUGCCAGGAAUCUCGGGACCCCUACUGCGGCUGGUGUGUGCUUGAGGACCGCUGCACCAGGAAGAUCGACUGCCUGAGGGCCAAGGAGGAGAAUCACUGGCUCUGGAGUCGGGGGAACUCUUGUGUGGCCGUUACCAGCGCCCAGCCCCAGAACAUGAGCCGUCGGGCUCAGGGUGAGGUGCGUUUGACAGUCAGCCCGCUCCCAGCUCUGACAAUAAACGACAGCCUUCAGUGUCGCUUCGGAGACUCGCCGGCUCACCCUGCCCGUGUAGAAGGAGACACCAUCAUCUGUGACUCCCCCAGCAGCAUUCCCAAAACGCCUCCGGGCCAAGACCACGUCGAGGUCCAGAUCAUGCUCACCUUCCUGCGGACCCCCGUGUUCCUGACCUCUCAUAUGUACCCAUUCUAUGACUGUAAGGAGGCCAUGAGUCUGGCAGAGAAUAUUCCGUGCAUCUCUUGUGCCAGCAAUCGCUGGAACUGCCAGUGGGACCUGAAGUACCACGAGUGCAGAGAGUCUUCCCCCAACCCUGAGGAGGGCAUCAUCAAAUCCCACAUGGAGGAGAACUGUCCCCAGUUCCUGAACCCCAGCCCGCUGGUCAUCCCCAUGAACUACGAGACAACUGUGAACUUUGAGGGGAAGAAUCUAGAUCCAGUGAAGAUGCCAUCCCUGCACGCUGGCAGUGAGAAGCUGAAAUUUGAAACGUCAGUGACCACCGGAGGGUCAGGCACCUUCACCUUCACGACCCCCAAGUUAUCUUAUGAUGGGAACGAGACGCUGCCUCUGAAUUUGUACAUCAAGUCCUAUGGGAAGAACAUUGACAGCAGAUUGGAGGUGACCCUGUACAACUGCUCCUUCGGCCGUAGUGACUGCAGCCUCUGCCUGGCCGCCAACCCCGCCUAUCACUGUGUGUGGUGUGGGAGCCAGAAUCAGUGUGUGUAUGAGGCCCUGUGCAGCAAUAUCACCACUGAGUGCCCACCCCCUGUCAUCACCAAGAUUGAACCCGAGACGGGCCCCCUGGGUGGCGGCAUUCGGGUCACCAUCCUGGGCUCUAAUCUGGGCAUCCAAGCUGAUGACGUCAAGAGGAUCACGGUGGCUGGCAAGGACUGUGCUUUUCAGAAGGCCCAAUAUUCCGUGUCCACCAGAAUUGUAUGCGAGGUGGACGCUUCCAAAGAGCCCAUCACAGGGGGGAUUGAGGUGGACAUCAAUGGGAAGCUGGGCCAGUCACCUCCCCACGUCCAGUUUACCUACCAGCAACCAGUGCCCAUGGAGGUGAAGCCCACCCAGGGGCCCCAGGCCGGCGGGACCACUCUGGUCAUCAGCGGCUCCUACCUGGACACCGGCUCCUCUGAGGACGUCCGGGUGAUCCUGGGCACCCUCAAGAAGGGUGUGCCCUGCCAGGUCAUCGAAUUUGGGCCCCAAAUCCGAUGUGUCACAGGGCCCUAUGAGGCCCUCGGGGAGGUCCCCAUUGAGGUCCUCUACGGCAACUCCUCGACAGCGGGGAACCGAGUCACCUUCACUUACCGGGAGAACCCUGUGCUGAAGGCCUUUGAGCCCCUGCGGAGUUUUGUCAGUGGAGGACGGAACAUCAACAUCACAGGCCAGGGAUUUGACCUGAUCCAGAACUUCUCCAUGGUGGUAAUUGCAGAGCCGCUCCGAUCCUGGAGCAAGAGGAGGAAGAGACAGGCUCUGAGCCCCCUCCAGGCCAUGACGGUGGUGGGGACCACGUAUACCCGGUACAGUGACACCAAAGUUGUCUUCUCGUCCCCCCAAGUCCCCGAUGAGCCUGAGGCCUACAACAUCACCACGCUGCUCCAGAUGGACGGCCACCGUGUCCUGCUGAAGACGGAGGCGGGGGCUUUUGAGUAUGUCCCGGACCCCACCUUCGAGAACUUCACUGACGGAGUCAAGAAGCAGGUCAACAAGCUCAUCCAUGCCAGGGGCACCAACUUGAAUAAGGCAAUGACCAUCCACGAGGCAGAGGCGUUUGUGGGAGCCGAGCGAUGUUUCAUGAAGACGCUGACUGAGACCGACCUGUACUGUGAACCCCCUGAGGUCCAGCCACCCCCCAAACGGCGCCAGAAGCGGGACACCACCCACAACUUGCCCGAGUUCAUUGUGAAAUUUGGCGCUCGGGAGUGGGUCCUCGGCCGGGUGGAGUAUGACACGCGGAUGGGUGACAUGCCCCUCAGCAUCAUCCUGCCCUUGGUGAUCAUCCCCAUGGUGGCCAUCAUCGCGUUCUCCAUCUAUUGCUACUGGCGCAAGAGUCAACAGGCUGAACGCGAGUAUGAGAAAAUCAAAUCUCAGCUGGAAGGCCUGGAGGAAAGUGUCCGAGACCGCUGCAAGAAGGAAUUCACCGAUCUGAUGAUCGAGAUGGAAGACCAGACCAAUGACGUGCACGAGGCCGGAAUCCCCGUGUUGGAUUAUAAGACCUACACGGACCGGGUCUUCUUCCUGCCCUCCAAGGAUGGUGACAAGGACGUCAUGAUCACGGGGAAGCUGGACAUCCCCGAGUCUCGCAGGCAAACAGUGGAGCAGGCUCUCAACCAGUUCUCCAAUCUGCUCAACAGCAAAUCCUUCCUCAUCAAUUUCAUCCACACCCUGGAGAACCAGCGGGAAUUCUCCGCCCGGGCCAAGGUAUACUUUGCGUCCCUGCUAACGGUGGCUCUUCACGGGAAACUUGAGUACUACACAGAUAUCAUGAGGACGCUCUUCUUGGAGCUCAUGGAGCAGUAUGUGGUGGCCAAGAACCCCAAGCUGAUGCUGAGGAGGUCAGAGACUGUCGUGGAGAGAAUGCUGUCCAACUGGAUGUCCAUCUGUCUGUACCAGUAUCUCAAGGACACCGCUGGUGAACCGCUCUACAAGCUCUUCAAGGCCAUUAAGCACCAAGUGGAGAAGGGCCCCGUGGACGCCGUGCAGAGGAAAGCCAAGUACACCCUGAAUGACACGGGGCUUCUGGGGGACGACGUGGAGUACAUCCCACUGACCGUGAACGUUAUUGUUCAGGAGGAAGGUGUAGACGCUAUUCCUGUCAAAGUCCUCAACUGUGAUACCAUCACCCAAGUCAAGGAGAAGAUCAUUGACCAAGUGUACCGCACCUUACCCUGCUCCAGGUGGCCCAAGGCCGAGAGCGUUGUCCUGGAGUGGCGUCCUGGAUCCACGGCCCAGAUCCUGAGCGACUUAGAUCUCACCUCACAGCGUGACGGCCGCUGGAAACGCAUCAAUACGCUCAUGCACUACAACGUUCGCGAUGGGGCCACGCUUAUCCUUUCCAAGAUGGGGAUCUCGCAGCAGCCUGAGGACAGCCAGCAGGACCUGCCCGGCGAGCGCCAUGCCCUCCUGGAGGAGGAGAACAGAGUAUGGCACCUGGUGAGGCCCACGGACGAGGUGGAAGAAGGGAAGUCCAAGAGGGGCAGCAUGAAGGAGAAGGAGAGGACCAAGGCCAUCACGGAGAUCUACCUGACCCGCCUGCUGUCUGUGAAGGGCACGCUGCAGCAGUUCGUGGAUAACUUCUUCCACAGCGUCCUGACCCCCAGCCCAACGGUCCCACCUGCCGUCAAAUACUUCUUUGACUUCCUGGAUGAGCAGGCGGAGAAACACGAGAUCAAGGAUGAGGACACCAUCCACAUCUGGAAAACCAACAGUUUACCCCUCCGAUUCUGGGUGAACAUCCUGAAGAACCCUCACUUCAUCUUUGACGUCCACGUCCCGGAGGUUGUGGACUCCUCCUUGUCCGUCAUCGCUCAGACUUUCAUGGAUGCCUGCACCCGGACGGAGCACAAGCUGAGCAGGGAUUCUCCCAGUAACAAACUGCUCUAUGCCAAAGAGAUUUCUACCUACAAGAAGAUGGUGGAGGAUUACUACCGAGGGAUUCGGCAGAUGGUCCAAGUGAGCGACCAGGACAUGAACACCCACUUAGCUGAGAUUUCCCGGGCACACACCGACUCCCUGAACACCCUUGUAGCCUUGCAUCAGCUGUACCAGUAUACACAGAAAUACUACGAUGAGAUCAUCAACGCCCUGGAGGGGGAUCCUGCAGCCCAGAAGAUGCAGCUGGCCUUCCGUCUGCAGCAGAUCGCGGCGGCGCUGGAGAAUAAGGUCACGGACCUCUGACGGCUUGCUGUUCCGGGCUCUUUCCUCUCCGAGGAGCACGCUAUCCCGUUUUGAAACGUACACUUCUGCAAGGAAGAGAAAUCAUGAUUUUUCUGGAUCGGCAAAAUGAGAUAUUCAAAGGAUUUUUACUGUAAAUUCCAAUUUGAUGGAGCUUGCGCACUGGCUCGCUCCCGUGUGGGUGUGAGAAGUAGACCUCUCUCUCUUAGAAACGUAGAUGUCGCCUUCCUAGCUCUGAGAGGCAGGGCCGAGGCCGGGGAAGCCGGAGGAGGGCCCUGGGCCGGCCCGCAGCCCGCCCGCCCGCUGGCCACCAAGGGCCCUCAAGCCCCACGCAGCCCAGCUGACCCGGGGCACCCCCCGGCCCGGCAGCGCCAACAGGAUGAGCCGGGGGCGAUUGGGGCCGGGGAUCCUGCCCGCCUCAGCCGCACACACGGGCCACAGCGUUUGGGGUACUUCCUAAGUCAUUUGUAAUGUGCCUUAUUGAUCCUCUGAUGCUUGUGACUUGGGACCAAACCAGCAUAGAAGCGAACAGCAAGCACCGGUUCUCUGUGUGUGGGGAUGGAUGGCGAGGGGCCCCGAGGCUCGGCCCUGGGAGCGCCCCAACACUGGGGACUGGCUGUCUUGACCUUCUGAGCAGCCCCGGUGUAUGGAAGCCGGCUCUCUGGGUCUGCUCUGAGCUGCCCGAGGUCCGAGUAUCCACCUGCCUGUCCCUAUUGCUCAGCUGCUGUCCGGCGGCAUCUCGAGCCUCUCUGUGUCUUCCCCAGGAGGUGAGAGACAAAAUUCGGUACGAUUUCCCCCAGCGCGAGGGACAGAGCAGCCUCGCCCCCCCCCUCGGGCCCCUUGGGCUCUGGCACGUAGGUACGGCAGCCUGUGGCAUUGGCGGCUGUGCCCGAGGGCCGUCCCUCGCCCUCCAACGGCCCCGACCGCCAGCCCAGGGCCUCCCUGGUAGGACUCUGCCAGCCCCGUGGGCCACAGGAGCCGCGCGGCGGCCGGACUCGCGGGAGUCUUUGUCGUGUCUAGUGAACACAUGAGGUUUCGUCAGUGUGGAAUGUUCGUGUCACGUCGAGUGUUGGCCGUGUCCCGAGUCGGGCAUCAGAUGUCGCGUCCGUGGAGCAUUAAAUGUCGGGAUUGUGGGAGAGGUCUUAGAAGGCCACGUGUCCAAGACCACGUGAGCACGGAGCAGAUCUGGCCACAGCAUCAUGAUGCUGGGCCCGUGGCCCGCCCGCGCGGUCUCUCCCUCCGUGGUCCUCGCUGUGCGGCGCCGGGGCCUGGGCUGCUGCUGGGAGGAGACCGUCUGGGGGGUCUCCUCCCUGCCCCCACCCUCUCCCCUCUGUAAAUCUUGUUCGUUGUAAACCAAAUACAUGUGUUUUUUUCAUACCU